ACAUGGGGGAUUAGCUGCAUCAAAAAACAGAGGAACACAAACACUCUUAUCUCACAACACAACCAUUUUCCCUCUCUACAAACCUCAUCUGUAUCUAUACACACACAUAAUUAUAUAUAUAAUACUAUAAUAUUUUUUUUAUUUAUAUACAACAAACAACUGAAACUACACACAUUUAUUCCUCUCUCACCCUCACCCUCACCCUCCGCCACCAACCACCGCAUCUCCGCCGUAACUAUACCUUUAGAAUAUAUAUAAUGGCUAUCGUGCCCGGAGGGAGUACAUGGGUGGCUCGGUGGGGGCAUCAACCUCAGAUAAUGUCUAGAACUUCAUCAACAACCAAUUUGUUUAUGCAUUUACCUCGUGUCUCCGUCAAUACAAGAGAGUUGGCAUCACCAUGUUCUGCCUUUUGCUCACAAGGUUCUUUGCAUGAACUUUACAAUCUAGGGUCAUUUGGUAAAUCUCAUCACCGUAGAGGUGGCCGCCUUAUUGUAAAGGCUGAAAGUGAUUAUUAUUCAGUACUUGGUGUGUCAAAGAAUUCUAGCAAAGCAGAAAUAAAAAGUGCGUAUAGGAAGCUUGCACGGAGUUAUCAUCCUGAUGUAAACAAAGAACCAGGAGCUGAACAAAAAUUCAAGGACAUAAGCAAUGCUUAUGAGGUUCUGUCAGACGAUGAAAAGCGAUCCAUAUAUGACAGGUAUGGGGAGGCUGGCCUUAAAGGUGCAGGUGUUGGUUCAGGGGAUUUCAGCAACCCGUUUGAUCUCUUUGAGUCAUUGUUCGAUGGCUUGGGAGGGAUGGGUGGCAUGGGAGGUAUGGGUGGCAUGGGAGGAAGAAAUUCACGUAAUAGAGCUACCCAAGGAGAAGACCAAGGUUACAAUCUUGUCUUAAACUUUAAAGAAGCGAUAUUUGGUGUAGAAAAAGAGAUUGAAGUAACUCGUCUAGAGAGCUGUGGAACUUGCAAUGGGUCUGGUGCCAAACCUGGGACCAGUGCAUCCAAAUGCACAACAUGCGGUGGUCAAGGACAAGUAGUCUCUUCAGCCCGAACUCCAUUGGGUGUCUUUCAGCAAGUCAUGACCUGCUCUUCUUGUAAUGGAAGUGGUGAAAUCUCAACCCCGUGUAAUACAUGCAAUGGGGAUGGACGAGUAAGAAAAUCCAAACGUAUCAGCCUUAAAGUCCCAGCCGGAGUUGAUGCAGGCAGUCGUUUGCGGGUCCGUUCAGAGGGUAAUGCUGGAAGAAAAGGUGGGCCGCCAGGAGACCUUUUUGUUAUGAUCGAUGUUCUUCAGGAUCCUGUUUUAAAACGGGAUGAUACAAAUAUUCUCUACACAUGCAAAAUUACAUAUAUUGAUGCUAUUUUGGGGACAACUAUGAAAAUCCCAACUGUUGAUGGGGAGGUGGAUUUGAAAAUUCCAUCUGGGACCCAGCCUGGGACAACCCUCGUAAUGGCAAAAAAGGGGGUCCCAAUUUUGAACAAGAACAACAUGAGGGGCGACCAAUUGGUGAGAGUGCAAGUGGAAAUACCAAAACGGUUAAGUGGGGAAGAAAGGAAGCUAAUUGAAGAACUCUCGAGCCUAAAGAAGGGUAAAGUUCCCAACAGCAGUGGUAUAUAAUAGGCAAAAUUCGUAGUGAAAAUUUUACUAUGUUCACAUAUUUCAUAUUGGUUUCUGGAACAGCUUUGAUACAACCCACAAAAAUAGCGCCAUUCUUUAGGGUGUAGAUCUUGUAAGAUGAAUCAACUGUUGGUUAUAUACUGUUUUUGUAGUAGACAUUUAGAGAGGGUUGUUUUAAUUUAUAGCUAAUUGUUUUAAUCAAGAUUUUUGAAUAAUGCUCAAGAAAUGUAAAUCGGUGUAACCACUUUGACAAUUUUGUUUGUAAAUUUAGUCUCUGCAUGUUGUGGGAUCA